GAGACUUGAAAAUUUUCUCUUUCCAAAUUUCACAUUCGCUUCGGGAUAGAAAAGAGCAGCGCGCGUCUGCAGGUGUUCGAAAAUUUUCUACAUAGGCCUGGAAUUACGGAGUCACGUAUAUUAUACACCUAUCGGAAUAACAACAUGUACAAUAUCAUAAGCAUAGGAUACAAGACUGCGGUGCGCAGCGUGAGAAUAAGGCAAUAUUUUUAUCAUUUCGAACAUUUGGCCGUAUUAUAUAAGAUAUACGUCGCACGGCUUCGAGUACAUACUAAUAUGUAUACUAUACACAACCCGUAUCAUAUAAUAUGUAUAGAUUAUACGAGGUAUACAAUAUAUAUAUUACAUAAUACGCGUAAGACGUUUUUCCACCCUUCGCGGCAUCGAUUUUCAUCGAGAAUGACGAAUGCACGCGCAUUGGAUACCAGCUAUUUUGUGCGUGCGUAUGUACGUAUGCAUGUGUAUUAGGGUGGACCGUGUACACGCGUAUACGUAUUAUGAAAAAAAAAAAAUGAAAAAAAAAGUGAAAAAGAAGAAAAAAAAAAAUAUCGAACCUCUCUCGCUUGAUGCCACUUUAAUGUCUUCAACGAACCCGGAACGAACCCGCCGCCCCAUUUCGACAUCCCCUCCAGCCUUCGGCCCCCACUCCUCGCAGUUAGCCCUCGCCGAGGUGGUUAUAUUCGGUGGUUUUUGAGAAGAGCUAGGAGGGGUGAAGAGGAACGCGACCCGCAGGUUGGUUGGUUUUUGUUUUUCCGCAAGUCGUCGAAAAUCGGGCAUGCGGGAUACUAUAAACGGGGUCUAUUAUUUCGACAGCCGGUGGUGCAAUCUACCGGAAUUCCUGUGAAGUUCGUCAGUACUCUCCGUAAUCUACUACGACUACUACCAACUACUAUCGCGCGCUAUACUUGGCUGCUGGCCGGCGCUCGACGAUCGCGAGUACACACCAAACUAUCGUCAGUCGCAUACUUGGAUUUUGUGCCAUAUUGCUUGACGCGUGUUUUGCCAUUUUCGACCGAUCCCUAUACCCAUGUACGAAAAAUGGUGAGAAAUUAUAAAAAGAAGGUGGAGCGACAUCGGUGGUCCAAAGUCUCGAUGCAGGCGGCGAUUCAAGCGGUUCUUAACGGUUCGAUGGGGUACAAAAGGGCUGCCACCCAAUUUCACGUACCUCGAACAACCCUGGAACGCCACGCUAAGAAGACGCGAGAUAGCCCAGAAUCCGCGCUAAAGAAAACUACUCCCCCGGGAUCCGGCAAUCGUGUUUUCAACGAACAGCAGGAGGCCGAGCUUGUUCAACGUUUGAAUAAAAUGGCGGGUCAACUUUCCGGUCUCGAACUUAACGAGCUUCGCGAUGUUGCUUUCCGAUUGGCCCGGCGCAAUAACCUCGCUCAUCCGUUUGGCGAGGAUGGAAAAGCGGGAAUAGAAUGGGUCAGAGGAUUCAUGGCUCGACUGCAUCCUCAUUUAGCCCUACGAAGACCCGACGAAGCUACAUCGAUGCCUCGCGCAAUCGGCCUCAACAAGGAAAAUAAAUUGGUGGUUCGACAAAAGCUUGACGGUAAAGACGACGGUAGUGCAAAAUCUAACAGCAGCAAUUACGGAGGAGAUUCACUGUGGCUAAAAGGAGAUUUGGAGGAGCUAUUCGAGGCAGAGGAUAUUCAAGAAAUCGACGAGUUCGAAGACUCAGACAGGUUCGAAUUCGAACAUCAAAUAAGCGACUGGUCGUACCUUGACGAGGAAGGCGACGAGGGCACUGUGACUGGGGCAGAGGAAGGCGACGAGACGGUGAACUACGGAGGGAAGGGAGGAGAAGUGGUGCCCAGCUUGCGCAUGCUGCAACAACGAGGCGGUUCAGCGUCAGCGUCAGCAUCAGCAUCCAACGGCAACAUGUUCCCUCAACAAUAUUGUCUACGAUGGAAAUAUCAUCACAGCAACCUACAGACCAUGUUCUCGCAGCUCCUAGAGCGGCAGGCUUACUGUGACGUGACGCUUGCGUGCGAGGGACAAACCCUGCGUGCACACAAGGUGGUGUUAUCAGCUUGUAGCACAUACUUUGACACUAUACUAUCAGAAUAUGCAGAAAGGGAUCCUAUUGUCAUCAUGCGCGACGUUAAGUUUGCCGAUAUUAAAGUUCUCGUUGACUUCAUGUACAAAGGAGAGAUAAACAUCGACCAUACAAGGUUAUCAUCUCUACUAAAGACUGCAGAAGAUUUGCACAUCAAGGGUCUGGCCGAGGUCAGCUGGCGCAGUGAUUCGGUACAAAAUGAUAUGAGCAACAGUGGUCACAGCCCAGGAGCAGCUACUCCAGGAGUAGAAACAGUUCUCAGGGAAGGUGACGCAGAGGAGUCUUCACCACCUAAACAACGACGCCGAGGACGUCCACCUCUCGACGAUCCCCCAUCUGCACACGAUGUUUUUACACCAAAGGUCACCUGCGUUACUGGCAAUGUUGGCUCGGAUGAUACCUUCAAUGUAACACAGGAAGAAAUGAUGAGCGAAGGAGACCACGAGAGUUGGGAUGGUGAUAUGGUGCUGUCUGAAAAUAACGAAACCCCAUUACCAGUGUUAUCUUACAUGUCUAAAGAUGAUUCCGCCGCUCCGGACGAUAAGAAACCAUCCGUGACAUCUAAUUCCAAUCCUAACCCUAACCCAGCAAUUCCAGAGCAAUUCCGAGAUGUGGUAAAGAUGAAUGACUAUUUGACAACCGGACGUCGCCAAGAAUUUUGGGAGGAACCAUUCACACGACGUGUCAUGGAUGCUAUUAAAAGCAAGGAAUUGGAAAUGAAAACAGCAGCUGAAAUUCUCGGUGUCUCUUAUGGAACUCUAUACGGUAGAUACCGUGACAGCUACGGUUGCCUUAAACACCCAUACAGUACAGGGUUCGUACGCACAGGGAAAACUCAGGGAGUUUCUUACAGCAGGGAGAAGUCAGGGAAAAGUCAGGGAAUUUCGAAGAUGAGACUGGACUCGCUGGAUCAGUUGGAAAAGUCAGGGAAUUUGAAGUUCCAAAAAGCGUACGAACCCUGUAGUAGUGAAAGAGUGAGAGAUUUCUGGGCAGAACCGGGCCCUGCCGAAGUGUUGGCCAAAUUACGAAGGAAGGAAAUAACCUUAUUUCGUGCUGCUGAAUACCUCAAUGUAACUGUACAAACACUUGCCACAUACUUAUCUACAUUGCAAGGACCAGACAGGCUGUCUCUUUCAGGAGAACUAGCUGGCCCCAUAUCAGCGAUUGACGGUGGCAGUGAAACAGAAAAUGAUGCCGUGAAUGAUAUUCUUCAAAAAAUAAAUGCCAACGUCGCUUCGGUCGUUCCAAACAUUUCUACAGCAACUCCUAUAAAACGGGAAGGGGGUGGAUUCGUGGACGUUCCAACACCAAUUACUAAAGCAGCAACUUCGGUUCUUGAAAAUAAUCCUGAUAUAACUAUAGUUAAAACGGAAAGUAUGCCUCGCAAGCGGGAAUACUCGAAAGUUCCAAAUUCAGAGAAUAACAAUGCUAAAUUAAUGAGUGGUGGCGGUGUAAGCGAACUGUCGCAACAAAAGCUCUCCGAUUCGCUAUCUUUGAACAGUGACAACAUCAAACCCUAACUAUUCAGGCCUUAUUUGGCCCCGAUGAAUCCCAUCACGCCCAAUGCCAGCUACGCAUACGAGCUUUGUCCGCUAAGAUUUUAUUCUAAUGUUUUUAGCAGGUUUUUAACCAAUUUUCAUUUAAAUUAGCCACAGACGUACUGACUUCAUUUACUUACCUAUUAUUUUUUUCAUACGGCAUUUAAUGUUUUUAUUUUAAUUUUCUUUUUCCGUCUUUUUGCACUUCAUUGAUUGAAGGGAUUCUCUUGUGUUACAUUGUAUGAAACGCAAUGGCUUAUGGUUAGUUACAUCCAGUGACAGAUAUUUUAUCGCUGCGGAGAUAACUUAUUUGCUUAGUCUGAUUUGCGCUAUUUUUAUUUUUGUUUGUUUUUUAGUUAUAAUCAAUCAUGAUACUUUGGCUGAGAAACUUUUUUUCACUGUGUCUUUGACACAAGUAAUAUUGAAACAAAUUUAAUUUUUGUUGACCUUUAGCUGUAAUUUGUAUGCCUAAUGUUUUGAUUACGCAGAUCGAUCUUGAUCAAGAAAAUUUAUGUCAAUCAUCAUUUCAAACUCGAUAAGCAUUGAGAAAAUUAUGCGUCGCAACAAUAAUUCAAUGGCAUGUCAAUAUCUGAAGUUUUUUUCAUGCCACACGUAAUAAAAAAAAAUAAUACAGAAAUAAUGUCAACCGAAUGUUGAUAUGAAUGAGAGCUUUAAAUAAUAGAAAACUUAAAUAUGUUUUACAUAAUUCCUUCUUCAAGAAAGAUUGAUUCAUUUAAAAAAUGGAAUGGUAUGUCGCUUGGGGAAUACUGACCAAGUUACGAAAACACAGAUAGGUUUAAUUUCGAUUGUAUAAAUCGCACUUUUACGAAGGCAAUCUCGUAGUUUGACAAAUUGAACUUAAACUUACGUGUAAUGAUGACCAUGUUCAUGUGUAACAUGUAAAAAAACUUUGACUAAUUGCGCGUAUGAUCGUUGAAGUUUUUAUUUCGCUUAUAACCAGCUAAAAUACCGCACUCAGACGUUUAGUAAUAUCGUCAAGACUAAACGCGAGCUUUUUUUUUUAUAGAAAUUUUAAGUGAUUUUUAUUUACUGAUUAUCAUUGGUAUCAAAGAUAAAAAUUUCUUUGACACGAUACGAAGCAUAAGUAACGUCCAUUGUAAAUAUCGGUGCAAUAGUGAAACCUAAAAUUAAUAUUAUUUUGUCACAAAGUGUUUAAAUGCUAUUUUAAAAAGAAAAGAUAUACCUGCUUUUAAUCAUGCAAUUAUUAUUGUUUUUAAAAAAAGUUAUUGCAUUAUAUUUGGCAAGGUAUAUCUUGAUCAUCGUUGUUAAUGACUUGUUGGGGUUACCAACUCGCAUUUCAAAUUAGGCUUAAUAUUUUCAUUUGUGUGUGUGUGUGUGUGUAUUCAUUUGAAUUUGGUAUCUACCAACGUGGAUGCUCAAUAUACGAAGCACACGUUGACCGUACUCACGAGAUAAUGACUGGAUAUGAGUAUUCCUGCUUGCUAAAGGUGAAUAAUAAUAAGACAUAACAAUAUAAUAGAGGUAUUUCCAUAGCACAUUGAUAUUUUUAACGAUAGAAAGCAAAACAAAUUUUUCGUACAUUCUGAACAUCAAUAAUCGGGAUGUACGUAAAGUAGUUGGCUAGAUAAGCAAAGAAUCCGGUAGUUGAAAACCAGCUGCAUUCAUUUUACAUCCAAUUUGAAUAUGAUUUUUAUUCAAGAUUUUUUCAAAUCAUACUACAGCGAUUUAAGUACUCGGUGUUAGUUUAGUGCGAAAGCCAGAUAUGCGUAUAACUCAUAUUUCUUCUUCUUUCGAUUGCAAAUACUUCUAAGAAUUAGAAGUACCUGUAAUUGAAUAUGUUCUCAAGUUGAAUGAAACAUCUGCCUAAAAAAUAGACAAAGAACAGAAUGUUAUCUUCAUCGGGAAAUUGGUGAUGUGAAAGUAAAGUUCAUAAAUUCUUGUAUUUUAACGUUGCGUGCUUUUCCGUUGUUGUUGUUGUUGUUGUUAACAUGUUUAUACGUGUUUUCAAUUGCUAUACGAAUACUAUACACCGGUCACGUUAAGUUAUAAGUUUUUAAUUAACUACUAUUUUCAUCAUAUUCAAUUCAAUCUUCAAUCGAUUGCCUAAAUACAAAAGUAGAUCUGCUCAUCAUCACGACUAAUUUAAAUUUCAACAAACUCAUUACGUCUCAUUGAACUUAAUGUAUUAAGUACAUGGUAAUAUAAAAAUACUAUUAUUAUUAUUAAUAAUAUUUUCUUUUUUCUUUUUUUUGAAUAAAAUAAGACUAAGACAUACCAAAUGAAAGAAAAAUGUAACGACAAGUUUUGUUAGGAUAGUUCUAUCGCAUAUCAAGAGAGCGAAAAUACAUGCUGAAGCUCUCUGUAUUGCCUACACACGCCCCGAAGAUUAGUUAUAUCGGGGCGCACAAAGACCACUUUUACUCUAGCAAGAGUAUACGACUAGAAGUAUUAAUAUUAAAUAUUAAUGAACAGUACAGCGGUUCGCAAGUAAAUGGCUACGUUUUUAAAAUUAUAUAAACAUACGCUUGCAUGUGAUCUAUUUAAGAUAUAAUACAUACUAUAAAACUAUUUUACAACAAACAAACGAGAAGAUUCCUUAUUUAUUACUUCUUCUUCAUAAUUGAUUUUCACUUAGUAUUAUUCCGAACAAACAACUCCAACUAUCAAACUUCACCGUCGCAUUUUUAAUGUUAUUAAAUCUCACAUAUAUUUUCACAAUGAAUGUAUGCAAGGAAUUAUCAACCUAACGCAUCUACUAUUCUGUUUAAUUUGCAAAUUCUGACACAAAUUCAACAAAUUAAGUAAACUGAGAUUAGUCAGUUUGUAUGUAAGUAAAAAAGGGCAAUUAAAAUUUAACAGGUUACAAAGUAACCAUGCUUUUUUUUUUAAUUGAAACACAUGAGAACGGAUCUAAGGUAGAUUCGUUGUAAUAUAAUAAUAUUAACAAUUGGAAGCAACCAUCGAGUCUUCAUUUUAUUUAUUUAAACUUAAUGACUUGAAUAAUGAUGUAUCGUAUUUCCAAAAAGAAAAGGAAAAAGGGGAAAAAGCUGUAUUAAAAUAAUAAUGCAAAUAAUUGUCUACGAUUAAGUGUUUCAUUAAUGUUACUUUAUAGCCAAGGUAUAAGGUAGUAGUUUUCAGUACAAAGAGGAGCACUUUAGUUCUUAUUUAUCCAAAAUGGUGUAAAAGAAAGAAAAGGAGAAAAAAAAAAAGAAAAAAAAAUAAAUUAUUCGACGAUGAUAGUUAUAAAUUUUUUUAAAUGUGGCCACUCGCUUGAAAAUCUCUGUAUUGAUUGUCACGUAAACAGAAAAAAAACGUGCUGUGUAUUUUGUGAUGCAUGCGCGUGACCACAUUGACAUAGUACUACGAGAAGACAGGACAAGACUAGCCUAUUGGCAAAUGUAGAUUGCCAUUUACUAAGGGCUAUCACACCAUGAGACUAAUAUCGAUAUCAUUAAUUACAUGUGUCGUUUGAUAUAAAGGAAAAGAAAAAAAAAUGAGUAAUGAGUAUAUAAUUACGUAUAAUCAAUCGUUUUAUACACAAAUCUAAUUAUAAACUACUACGUACACUAUGUACAUUCCUAGUAUACACACACUCUUCACUCUCUCUCUCUCUCUCUCUCUCUCCCUCUCUCUCUCUCUCUCUCUCUCUCUCUCUCUCUCUCUCUCUCUCUCUCUCUCUCUCUCUCUCUCUCUCUCCCUCUCUCAUGUACACAAUUACGUAUACAUUACAUUUAGUAAAUACAUAAAUACAAACAUACAUACAUUAUACACACAUGAAAACACAUAUGGACCUAUAUUAUAUAUUUAUAAUAAUUAUAAUUACUCUACAACGGACCACCGCAGCAUCAAAAAACCAUAUACCGAGAUCAUUAAAUUAAUAAAUUCAUUGAUAACGUGCAUCUUUUUCACCUAGAGACUAGAACAUUUGUUUGAUCUAAUCAUCUAGAACUCGUUAGAAAGAAAGUGUGUCUCGUGUAUACAACCAAAUAUAUUUAUCCAGGAAAAACCACCAUAAAAUGGAAGUAUUUUAAGAUUUUUACUGUUUAUGAAAAUAUUUUACCAUUCUAUAACAUUAAUUUUCGUGUAAUUAAUCAUGUUUUAUCAUUGGCAUCGCUCGAGUUGCCUGAUGAUUUAUGCGUAACGUAUACCUGAAAAUUUUCUUCCACUCGUAACAUACAUCUUUGUACCGAAUUCAAUCGCAGACUAACAUAUUCUUAGUUUUUUUAAUUUAUUUAGUUAAACGAGUAUUAUUAUUGUCACACUCGAUCAUGUUCAUCGAGGAACUUUGUUGCGUUGUAGUCGAUAAAGUACCUAGAUGUUGCUCAUGCUUGUGAGAAACGGUUUUAUACACGAGAUGCAAAAUGAGACAUCGAUAUUGUUCAAGGGAGAAUACACCAUACACCAAAUGCAUAUAAGAAUUCAUGAUAUAAAUUCAGUAUAGCAUGAAAAAUACCGGAUGUAUUUUCGCGCAAAUCAGAGUAGUAAUCAAUCCCAGCGAAAAAAAUACAAGAAUAAAAAAAGAUAAACACCGAGCCUUCAUACAGUUUCAUACAUAUACUGACCUUACUUCAUUUUAGUCUGAUAUUUCAAGAUUCAAGAGCAUGAUAUUAAUAAAUGGUAAAAAUGUGUUAAAAAGUAGAAGGAAGAAGAAAAAAUAGCUUGAAUCGUACUCUUCAAUUAAGAAAUAUCAAUUAUUAGCCAAAGUUAGGUUUUGCGUUUACUCUUAAUUCUAUCACACACGAUAUAUUAUAUGUUUGACGUAUAGUUAUUUUAAUAAUUAUUAGUAAUUAUAAUUAUUAUUAUUAUUUUUGAAGUAUAUAUUAUUAUAAUCGUGGUAAUUUUUAGAUUAGAGAACAAUAUAUUAGCGUAUAGAAAUUAAAGUAUACAUAAAAGUAAAAUAAAAUAAAAUAAAAUAUAUAUAUUGAUAAAAUAUUGUUGAGAUCGCGCCCAGAAUAAUGGAAGGAAGUGCAUAAAAUGCUGCGAAUAAGUGAAUGGAAUUAUAGGAGAGUUAAAACGUUAAAGGAAAAAAAUAUGGUGUAAAAGCAGCUUAGAUGGCGAUAUGUAGCUAAUCAGGCUGCUCGCAGAGAGCAUUCCUUGGUUGAACAAAAAAACAGAAAUAUGAAAAACAAUAAACACAAAUAUGAAAAAAAAUCAGUAACUGUAAAUGUUUGUAAACAAAUUAUGAAACAUUAUUUGUUCAGUGCCUACAUAUUUACACAGUAAUAAUAAACAUGAAGAUUAGUGAUA